AUGCCAUGGACACCUAAAGUACUUCCAACUCUGAGCGGAACACAACGGCGCAUUCUCGAAGGAACGUCACGACCGAAACCCGAAAUGUCAUCCUACCGGCUUCCCAACAUCCCAUCACUGCGAAGACAGCAGCUUCGGCUUGAAUUCACGAGCCUGAAAACAGCUCCUCCCCCCGGCGUCUACGUGAAUAUCUCACCGACAGAUCCCACCUUCUGGUCUGGUGUUAUUUUUGUGCAGAAGGGCCCCUACGCAUCUGCGAUUCUGCGAUUUCAGUUCCGCUUUCCAUCGACUUAUCCGGAUUUACCGCCAUUAGUUACUUUCACGACAGAUAUAUUCCACCCCCUCAUCGUGCCGCUCACAACCUACACAUUUAGCACCAACUCUCCCGAUACAGAUACUGUAAGCGCAACGGAUGAAGAACGUCUACCACCCGGCGGCUUUAGUCUGAGGCAUGGAUUCCCACAUUGGUUUGGAAGAGGAAGAGCUCAGAGGAGUGCGUCGAAUUCAGCAGCAUCAUCACGGAAUGUGAGUGGUAGCGAACAGAAGGGCGCGAAACCAGCACCCCUGGAACAGCCCAGUGAAGGGACAACGCCAGCUCCAGACAAAGACGCGGGGACUGGGACUUCGUUUGCGGAAGAGCAAGAUGUCUCAUCUGCGGGGCGAGUUUCGUCACAUGAUCCCCAUGUGCGUGUAUCUCCGUUACCAGCCGGCUCACCGUCUACUGCCAGUGUUCAGGUGGAUGUCCCAGUUUUGACGAUUCUUAACUACAUCCGGUCGACGUUUGAUGAUGAAGCAGUAUUGGACUCCAUACCGCUGGAGGCCGCUGGGAACCCUGGAGCCUGGCAUGCCUGGCGAUCCCAUCGGGGGCUGGGAAACAGGGAAGGGGAAGAUGGCCCAGAUGGACCGGUGAAAAGGAGCAGUCUGCACGCACGCCGACCUGGAGAAUGGAACUGGGAAGGUGUUUGGGAGAAGAGAGUGCAAGCUGGAAUUGAGACUAGUUACUUGGAAUCAGUCCUUUUUGGCAAUAGUACGCGGGGUGGUGCGGGCGAUGAUCUGAUUCGAUUUGUCAAGCUUGACAGUGAUACGCUUUCCAAGACGAAGGAAGAGAUUAUCUCCACCCAAAAGGGUAGUGAGAUAGAGACACCAUGA